AUGGAGCUCGAAAAUCCACUGCAGGAUCUCAAUAGCCUCAAGACAUACGUCUUUAUCGGACUCUUCGAGAUCACAUUCAUCAAUGAGAGAGAUUACAUCAUCGCAUUCCUGAGGCCGCCGCUUGCCAAGGCCCCUGGCCCCCGAGAAAUCCUUAUGCCCAACAAUCCCUCUAACGAUGUCUUUGAUGGUUGGCCAUGCUUUUUGUAUUACCGCGCGCACACCUUGAUGGACUGGAAAGUAGGUGCCGAGUUGUUCGAGGAAAGAGUUGAAGUCGUUGCUUUGAAAAGUCUCAAACAUGACCUGAAGGCCAAGAAACGAAGCAUACAGAAACCAGGCGCACGAAUUUUGCUGAGAGAGGGCCAAUUCGGACCUGUUGAACAGUGA